AUGUCAGGCUUUCAAAUCAGAUUUAUGGCAAUGCCCCAAGUGACAGUAAACAAUGUAGAUGUUGACUUUCCAUUUUCUCCUUAUAAAUGUCAGGAAGAUUACAUGGGACAUGUAAUCAGAGCUCUUCAGUCAAAACAAAAUGCAAUUCUGGAAUCUCCAACUGGAACUGGUAAAACAUUGUGCCUUCUGUGCUCAGUUCUUGCAUGGCGACUUACUUACAUUGCCAAACUUCAGCUCAGUGGAAUAGCAGCUAAUGCUAAUAUUGCCGGAUUGGAUGAAGCUGCUGGGAACAAUCAAGCAUUAGAGGGAUUUAAUGCUAUUCCUAAAAUUAUAUAUGCAUCAAGGACUCACUCUCAGAUUUCACAAGUUGUCAACGAGCUCAAGAAUACGAUAUAUAAACCAAAAGUGAGUGUGCUCGGCUCCAGAGAUCAGCUCUGUUUACAUCCCAAAGUGAUGAACAUCGAGAACAACAUGGCAAAAAUCCACACCUGCCGUGCGAAAGUGAAGGAAAGAUCUUGUGUGCACUACACUAACGUAGAUAAGAAAAUAAAUGACGCAAUAUUUGGGGAGAUACUGGAUAUUGAGGAACUUGUUUCAGUUUCAAAGGAGAAGACCAUGUGUCCAUAUUAUUCAUCAAGAGAACUCUUGAGACGUGCUGAUAUAAUCUUCAUGCCAUAUAACUAUCUUAUUGAUAGCAAAACUAGGAAAAAUCAAAACAUAACACUUGAAAAUUCCAUUGUUAUCUUCGAUGAAGCUCACAACAUAGAAAAGGUUUGUGAGGAAUCGUAUUCAUUUGAAAUAACUUCUUUAGACAUAGCUAACUGUAUAGAAAACUGUCAGUUGACAUUACAAAGGAUAUUGGAUGACGAUGGGUCUGCUAGCACAAGUUCGGGGCCAAGUUAUGACAGUGGUGAAUUGACAAAAGAGGAUGUUUUGACUAUGAAAGCUAUUUUCCUGUCUCUUGAAAGAGAAUUCAAUAAGUUAGAAGUAAAAGGAUCAGGUAACAUCAUAGACAAGUCUACUUUUAAAAACCUGCUUGUGUCCAUAAAUGUGAAUCAAGAGACAAAAGGGUUGAUUACGGAGGUUCUCCAAAAGAUGGAAUCAGUGUUAUCUCUAAGCAGUUCUAAUAAACUAGUGGGUAACACGUUUGUUGUCCUCAACAACUUUAUGCAGAUACUUGAUUUGACUCUCGACCAGAGCGAGGCCUCCAAACACCAGUAUGUUUGUUAUGUGUCGAAGGAGAAAAAGGAUUCAAAAUAUGGUAAGUCAGGGAAAGCCUCGACUUGGGUUGAUAAAAAUAUAGAAUCAGUUGCCCCACAGUUCAUUACCAAGCUUUCUUACUGGUGUUUUAGUCCUGGGCUAGCCAUGGAGGAGUUUGUGAAGAGUGGUGUUUACUCCAUUAUACUAACCAGUGGUACUCUUUCUCCAAUAAAUUCCUUUUCUUGUGAAUUGAGGAUACCUUUUCCUAUCACUUUACAGAAUCCUCAUGUCAUUCAGCCAAGUCAAAUAUCUGUGCAGAUAAUCUGUAAAGGCUGUGAUGGAACUGAUUUUCUUUCAACAUACGCAAAUAGAAGCAACCCAAAAUACCUCUCCUCUUUGGGCACUUCCAUUGUUAAUCUACUCAGAGUAAUUCCCAACGGAGUUUUGGUUUUCUUUCCCAGUUACGGAGUCAUGAACAACACCAUCCAAUCUUGGCAAACCACCAAUAUUUACUCUCGUAUGCUGAAAACUAAACACUGCUUCACAGAGCCACGAUCUAAGAACGAAAUGGCAAAAUUGAUGAGUGAAUUUGAUGACAAAGUCAGAAACCCUACAGAUGGAGCUACGGGAGCAAUGCUGUUUGCAGUUUGCAGAGGUAAAGCCAGUGAAGGUAUUGAUUUUGCGGACAUGCAUGGACGGGCUGUAAUCAUAACAGGCCUGCCUUUUCCACCGAAAAACGACCCUAAAGUGAGUGCUAAAAUCAACUAUCUGGAUCAACAGAAGAGAAACAGACCAAAUUCGUUGAACGGUCAAGAGUGGUACAUUCAACAGAGCUCCCGAGCUGUGAACCAGGCUGUCGGCCGAGUUAUUCGACACAAAGAUGACUUUGGGGCAGUUAUUUUUAUGGACAAAAGAUUUUCAUUCAGAUCAAAUGUUGAUGAGCUACCUAAGUGGGCACGAGGAUUUGCAAAGGUAAACGAGCAGUUUGGUUCCGGUUUACGUGAACUAUCCCAAUUCUUUAAACUUCAUGUUAAUAGGGUAUGUGAGAAAGAAGAAAGUGAAGAACCUGUUAAAUCAUCAAAUACCAACCGACUGAGUAACAUGUAUGAUGCCUUUAGACCCACCGAGAAGGACUUACCCAAAGAAAGAUUUGCAGCACCAAACUUGGAUGAUUCUACACAUGAAGUUACGCCGCCUCCCAGGAAAAUGGCUCGAACUGAUAAGAGAGUAAGCUUGAUAAGCUCAUUGAACGGUACCGGUUCGGCUGAUUACUCCUUUGCUCCUUCUAUGUCUCCGGUAAGCAGUCGAUCUACCACGGACUACAAGACACCUGAGGCUAUCAGAAAUCCCAGAAAGAAAUUCAGACUUGUUACCAAACAAGAUAAAGAAAAUAACCUCAACUCUUUGUCGCAAAUAACAUCCGUUAUGAGUAGCCCUCUGGCUUCUACCCAGAGAGAACAACCUAAAGUGACAAAAUCCCAAAAUUUCUCUGCAACAUUAAAAAGUUCGUUAUCUGACGCUGAGUAUGAAGUAUUCAGAGGGGUCGUGAAGGAGUAUAAGACAGAAAAGAAUAUCGUGAAACUUAUCGACAAUGUUACAGAUUUGUUUAUGGCAAAUCACAAGGACUUAUUGAAAGGUUUUAGAAUAUUUCUUAAGGAUAAAGAUAAGGAAACAUUCGACAAAUUUUUGUCAGAGAAAGGUUUAAUAUAAUAAAUUGUUUGAAGUAGCAUUUUAAUCUUUUACUAUUGUACUAAUCCCACUAAUGGGCUUUUAACAUAAUUUUGUUGUUUUUAAUCACUAAAUUUUAUUUGCU